UUCAAAUCCAAUCCAAUAAUCCAAAGACAAAAGAUCAGAAAUCCAUUGUCCCAUAAAUCCCUCAUCUUCUCACUUCUACAGCCCAAAAAACGGUUACACCCAGUAAUGAUGAGGGAUUUCGUCAUCCUUGGUUCAUCCAUUGUCACUCCUCCUCCGAAUCCCCCAUCUUCUUCUUCAUCUUCAACGCCAUCAACCACUCCUUCUCGCUCCCACCGCCACCGCCACCACCACCACAAGCCGAAGCUCACUCCUUCGCAUUCGCAUUCUUCCUCUAUCUCCUGCACUCUCCAAGCCCCCCUCAACCACUAUAUCCAUGUCCACGAGAAUGCUUCCGAAUUUGUUCAUUCUCUGAACGUUAAGCUCCUCGCGAAGGAGGUUCUGGCGGGUAUUCGAGGUAGGAAGGUUCGGGCUGUGAUUGAUUCUCUCAAGAGAGUUCAGGAGCUUGGUGGCGUCUCCUCCUUAUCCUCCCAUUUUGAUGGACAUGCCAUGGAUCUCUUCUCUAAGGAGUGUCGCCGCUUGGUCAAAUCCGGUCAACUUGAGGAAGCUGUUCAAUUCAUGGAGGUUCUCGCACAUUUCCAGUUGUCAGUCAGAGAACUUGUUCAGCCGUUGGACAUAAUAAAACAGUGUGUUUGUAAUCAAGAUCCAGAUUUAGCUGUGAGGUAUGCAUGUCUUCUUCCACAUGCACAUAUACUAUUCUGCAACAUUAUAAGUGAAUUUGGAAAAAGAAGGGAUUUAGUUUCUGCUUUGAAAGCAUACGAAGCAGUGAAGAAAAACUUGGAUAACCCCAAUAUGUACAUAUACCGGGCAAUAAUUGAUGCUUGUGGCCUUUGUGGUGAUUUCAUGAAAUCUAGGUACAUAUAUGAGGACUUACUCAAUCAGAAGAUUACUCCAAAUAUAUACGUGUUCAACAGUCUCAUGAAUGUGAAUACCCAUGAUCUUAGCUACACCUUAAAUCUGUAUCAGAAUAUGCAGAAUCUUGGUCUGAAGCCAGACAUGACAUCUUAUAAUAUCCUACUCAAAGCAUGCUGUGUUGCUGGAAGAGUUGAUCUGGCCCAAGACAUUUACAGGGAACUUAAGCAAUUGGAAUCAGCAGGAUGGCUGAAAUUAGAUGUUUUCACCUACAGCACGAUUAUAAAGGUCUUUGCAGAUGCAAAAUUGUGGCAAAUGGCUCUAAAAAUCAAGCAGGAUAUGCUCUCCGCCGGUGUUUCUCUUAAUACUGUUGCGUGGUCGUCAUUAAUCAAUGCCUGCGCACAUGCAGGGCUUGUAGAGCAGGCAAUUCAAUUGUUCGAAGAAAUGCUUUUGGCCGACUGCGAGCCUAAUACGCAAUGCUUUAACAUCAUUUUACAUGCAUGUGUUGAAGCAUGUCAGUAUGACCGAGCUUUUCGCUUGUUCUAUUCUUGGAAGGGAAAUAAGAUGUUGGGGUCCUUUGGUGAAGGGAACAAUAGCAAGUUAGAGCAUGGGGACACGCAGACUGCUAUUACCGCGCCAAACAGCAUUUCUAGGCCGCAUAUCUUGAGUUUUGCUGAGAGAUUCCCUUUCACACCAACUAUAGCAACAUAUAAUAUUUUGCUGAAGGCUUGUGGUACUGAUUACUACCAUGCUAAAGCAUUAAUCACUGAGAUGAAAAAAGUAGGUCUUUCCCCAAAUUAUAUAAGCUGGUCCAUUUUGAUAGAUAUAUGUGGCGGAUCAGAUAACGUGGGAGGUGCCAUCGAGAUUCUGAAGAUCAUGUUUGAUGCUGGAAUUAAACCUGAUGUUGUUGCAUAUACUACAGCCAUAAAGGUCUGUGUAGAAAGUAAGAAUUUUAAGCAAGGAUUGAUGCUAUAUGAAGAAAUGAAAACAUAUGAGAUACAUCCAAAUUGGGUGACAUAUAACACACUACUAAGGGCACGCAACAGAUACGGAUCCGUACUUGAGGUGCAACAAUGCUUGACCAUAUACCAGGAUAUGCGAAAAGCAGGGUACAAACCCAAUGAUUACUAUCUGGAAGAACUUAUUGAGGAGUGGUGUGAAGGAGUGAUACAAGAUAACAGCAAGAUCCAAAGAGAAUUUUCUUCCAGCAAUUUCUCUGAAUUAGAGAGACCCCCGAGUUUACUUCUUGAAAAGAUUGCGGCACACCUGUUAAAGAGGGUAGCUGACAUCCUAGCUAUUGAUGUUCAAGGACUCACAAAGGUUGAAGCUCGCUUGGUUAUUCUUGCAGUUCUUAGAAUGAUCAAAGAAAACUAUAGUUCAGGACAUUCUGUGAAUGAUGACAUUUUGAUCAUCAUAGGAGCUACAAAGGCAGAUGAAACUCCAUCCCAGCACAUAUUAGAAGUGCAAGAGGCAAUCAUAAAACUUCUUCAGAAUGAAUUGGGCCUUGAAAUUUUUCCAGCUAAAACCAGGUUUGCACUAAGUGACACAUCAAAGUUAGAAAUCCCUAACCUUACAAAUCUCAGCAUAGAAGCACUACCAGGAGAGAAGGCAUUAACCACAACAAGAAGGCCUGCAGUUCUACAUAGGUUGAAGGUCACCAAGAAAUCUUUGUAUGGUUGGUUGCAUAGGAAACUAAGCAUUAAAUAGUAUUUGAAUUUUGUACAAAUAUGUGUCUUAUUUCCCCUCAUUGCAACUUUUGAUCUUUGUAUAUAGCAUCUGGACUUAUGAAUAUAUAUGCAUGUAUCAAUGGCAAAUGUAUAAUUUCAUUAAUUUGUAAAACAAUGUAUGAUACGUAGUGUCAUGGAAUAGAACUAUAAUUAUCUCU